AGAAAAUGGAAAAACAUGAAGGCGAAGCGAAAGAUGAGAACAAAGAGAAGCUUAAGAAGAAGCUUUCACCUGAAGAAGCUCUGGCUAGGAUCCAGAUGGAGAAAAUUGAAGAGGAAAGACUCAACCAAGUCUUUCAUGUAAUUUCAAGCAAGAGCAAGAAACCUUCGAAGAAGAAGAAAAAGAAGGAUGAGAAAGAUGAGGAAGAUGACGAGGACAAAAUGAUCACUCCUGCUGAUCUGAUUUUGCUAAUGAAUGAUAUGAUGAAGAAAAUAAACCAAAGGAUUGAAGAGACCAAGAAUGAGUGUAGACCAGGAGAAAAGCAAUGGAAGCAAGGGGCUACAGGAGGAGGGAAAGAUUUUGAUUCUAAAGAGGAUGUCUUUAAAAAGAAUCAGGUUCAAACUCCUAUAAAGUACAAACUCAGUAAAUCAGAUGCUGAGCUCAUGGUCUGGGAAGUUGACGAUGAUGCUGAUGGAAAGGUCAGUAAAGAAGAGUUUAUCAAGAUGUACAAAAGAUGCAAGGAUGAUAAAAAUGGGUUAGAGCCUCGUAAAUUAUUCAACCUUGCUUAUUUUCUGAUGUUCAAGCCUGAAUACACUGGUUUUGUGACUGAAGAGGAUACUCUUGAACUUCUCUUUGUCCGUUACUCAAGAGCCCAUCUUGAUGAUGAAAUCAAUGCAAUAUUUGGAGAUGAGAGAUCCCCAAUUGGCAAUGAUGAUUUCGUUGAACGAGAAAUCUCUUUCCCAGAAUACAUCAAGAAAGUCAAUGAGAGAGCAAUGAAGGAAAGGAAAGAAAGAAAAGAAGCCAAGAAAAAGAGAGAUGAUGAACUAAUGCAGUAGGUUAAAUAGAUGUUUCUCUGAGACCUGAUAAAUUAUGU